AUGGGGAUUCCUUUAUCUAAAUAUCGAUGGAACGAAAAUAGUUUCGAUAUACUUUUACAUUAUAUUUACACAUUCACUGACAUACCUAAAAAAUUCGAUCGGAAAGAAGAAAUCGCAGAAUUACGGCGAAAUUUCUCUUCACCUAUUAAGAAUGAAUUAAAUAAUGGCGAACUAAAAAUAUUAGAUAUCAGAUGUCGUCAGAUUUCAAAAAUUAAUUUUCUAUUGGCAGACAUUACUGAUGAACUUCCAUAUAAUGACAAAUCAUUUGACUUUAUUCACAUUCGAGACUUAGUUUUUGAUUUGCGAGAUAAACAGCGGGAUUCAUUUAUUCGUGAAUGCCUUCGAAUAACUGAACCAAAAUUUGGCGCGAAGAAUGUAGGCCCAGAUCUUGAAAAGUUGGAAAAAAAUA